AUGGUCAAGAUUGUCGUGAAAAAGGGAGACCAGGCCUAUUUCAUGAUUGAUCGCCCAUCAUAUACUCCGAUCACAGAAUUGUUAGCUGAUAUUUGUGAGAUAUACAAUAGUAUCCUCAAAAUUCAUCGAAUAUGUGGUGAAAUGGAAGAGCUGUCGAAACAUGGUGUUACACUUCCACCAAAUAUGCAAGGUCUCACAGAUGAACAAAUUUCUGAGUUAGGGCUUGUGGAUGACUGGGGUAAGAAGUGCGUUCCAAGCGGUGGAUAUAUUGAGUGUAAGGAUGAAAUCGGCAGGAGAAAUGGCAUGGCACCAACAGAAAAAAUGUCACAAGUGCUGAAAAGGACAAUGGAUGAAUCAAGACAGCUGAUUUGCCGAGAUCUGGUUAAACGGGAAAUUUGUAUUGAGAAAACCGUUGUUCGAGAGGCACUGAUGAUGUUAAGGGGUGCAGUAACUAUUGUAUAUCCUAUGGGCCUUCCCCCGUACGACCCCAUUAGAUUGGAGUUUGACAAUGAAGAGGAUUUAUCUGGGACACAUGCUUCUCAAGAUGUAGUCAUGUUGGAAGAUGCAAGUUUGUGGUUUUCUGGUAAAGAAAUGCAUCGUGAGAAAAUUCUUUCUGAUUAUAUAGGAUGCAAUGAUAAAACUAAGAUAAUUACUAAAUUGUCAAAACGUGGAUCAGGUGCACCAGCCCGUGAACCUGUUGUCAGUGAAGAACAACAACGUGCAAUGAUGGCUUAUUAUUUUAAAAAGCAAGAAGAAUGGAAAAAGUUGGAACAAGAUGAUGAAGACUGUUAUUUAAAUUCGUCUUGGGCUGAGCCUAAUCAAUUGAAACGACAAUUCCACGGACUAACUAAUAUUAAAUGGGGUCCAAAAUAA